CCUCUUACAUACAUAUAAGUCGAUAUGGACUUAGUAUUGCAAGAUUGUGUGGACAAGGUUAUGAUGGGGCAAUUGUUGCACAGGGUCAUCAUGAGAUUUGUGAAUUGCAGUCUUAGGAGAGUCUUCUCCACUGCAAUGGGUUUACAUGGUCAUUACAAGAGGGACCAUGCUGCUUUAUGCAAAGUGUGCUGUGACAACUGUUUCAACUACUUUGAGAAUCAGACUAUGCUCACAAUGCAGCUGAUGGGUGGCUGUGUUUUGGAGCAGUAUUACCGUGAUGACAAUGGUGAUGAUAGUUAUGAGGACUCUGAAGACAAUUCAUGAAAUAAGAAGUAAAGCAAGUUUUCUGUUUGUAGCUGCUACUCUGCCUACACUUUUUCUGUUAAAGUCUGUAAUAAUUGAAGACUUCGUUUGAUAUUAUCUGAACCUUUGUUAUGUUGUUCUUUUAUGUCAAUGUAUUUGACUUGUUUCUAUAUUUUACUGUGCUUUCACUGCAUUAAUUGAAGACCUCAUUCGAUAUUAUCUGAAACUUUGUUAUUGUUAUGUUGUUGUUUUAUGUUAAUGUUUCAUCCUUGUUUCUAUAUUUUAUUGUACUUUCACUUCAUCAAUUUGAAUUAACUUGACAAACAGUG